AUGGCUCACAUGAGAAGAACCAAUCAUGAAAAAUCGCCAACGGAAGCGGAGAACUCGACGAUUCUACUUAAAGAGCGUUACGAUCUUCUAAAAUGGCUAACGAAUGUCGAGAUGCGUUCACCGAAUUUUUUGAUCCCUGUACAAAUUGCCAACUAUAUAGAAUCUCUUCCCAUAUGUAAAUUAGCUGUCUCUCCAAAAUGCGAUCGAGUUGCUUUGAUGAGUUAUGCUCGUCAAUUGGACAUUUAUCAAAUCAACGGAGAAAUCCUAGAACAGGAAUCAAGUGUGCAAGUUCUUGAAGAAACGUCACCUGAAUAUUGUCUCCUUCAAUUUUCUUCCUCUAGUACUCUUCUUCUUUCAUCUCGAAGUACACCUCACAUUGACGUGUUUGAUAAUAUGGGCGCAUAUUGCUACGACAUUCCAUUAGAGGCUCAUGAAGGCAUAUUCGAUGUGAAUAAAGCGAUUUGUGGCAUGCAAACUAUCGCCAAUCACUCGAGCUCAUCAAACGAUAAGUACAUUGAAAUUUUGUACGUAUUGCAAUAUUGCGGAGUGUUUUCUGCAUUCAAAAUUGGGCGGCUCUCAAAAUAUACAAAAAUGUGGUCAGUUCAGUUGGACAUCGGACAAACUGGCUCGUUUGUAGUUCUUCCCCAAUAUCAACUCCUUCUAGUUUCUUCUCAUCAUAAAGAAUCGACUUCCAUGUCCCCUCCAGCUGGUCUAUGUUCAUUUAAAAUUAUGGACAUGGAUCCUUAUAUCGAACCAAUCAGAAUUGCAAGCCCGGAAGGUAUUAUUGAUGACAUAGAAACUGAUUGUAAUCGUGAAAAGAGUUCAGGAGGAUUCUUCUCUCGUCUCCCAUUUUCGACAUCUUUCAUGUCUUACCUUCCAAAAAUGGGACUUUCUUUCAAUUCACAACUUCUUGUAUCCGUAUCAACAUCUGGAUCAUUGUAUCUUUUUGAAAUUCCAUCCCUACGUGUCAAGUUUUCAUUCAAUUUCAUCAGUGGACCGCGUCCUGUUGAAGCUUGUUUUGUAGAUAGUGACGAGAUUGCUGUUAUCUAUGACAAUGGCUUCCUACUCAGAUGUUCAGUAGAAGAUUUAGAAGAAAGAAUGUUUUCUAUGAAAGUGAAGUCCAAGAAGCAGCUCGACGAAGAACCAGAUGAUAAGGAUAUCUACAGUGAACACACGGUUAUGGUAUCUCCUGCCCGACGAGAAAUAUUCUUAUUAACUGCUGAAGGAGACGACUCGGUCCUUCGUGAGGCUGCCCAUAAGCGCGUCCAAUUGGCAGGGCAACUUUGGCUUUAUACUGUUUGGAAUUCGUUCAAAAAGCUGCUUGGAAUGGCUAUGGGGGAGCCUGCUGAGCAAUUGCAAAUGGCUACCCAUAUGGCUAAGUUCGAGUUUGCUUUAAUUCAUUCACCAACAAGAACACUUCAGGAGCUUUUUAAUAGAACUGUGAGUCAUCUAGAUCCUAUAACGCCAACUUCUCGAAAAUUUCAGAUAAUUGAGCAUGACUACACCCGAGCUAGAGAACUUGCUGAAACCUAUGACACAAUUGAUAUUGACGUGGUUCUCAAGUCGGAAUGGAAGGACAAGUGUUCGAAGAACAAGGUUACGGUAGGAGACGUUGAAGAAAUCUUGAAACGGAUUGGAGACUCGGAGUGGAUUGCGGAACAGUGUGCUAACGCGGAUUCAGAUGACUUUGAAGUGCAUGAAGCUCUGAUUGAUCUGGGAUUGUCGCUUGGAGAAUAUAGUGUUACUUGGAAAAUCCGGCUGUUACAUCACUGGAGAAUUCUGAAAGUGUGUAGAAUCAAAGGAGACGUGGAUGCAUAUAUGAUUGCGAGAAAAGGGAGCUGUCUGGAUGCUGCACUUUCGUUUGCUCAGAGCGGCGAUAUCGAUUCAUUGUUUCAAAUUAUUCAAUUCAACAUGGAUAUUAUGAAGCAUUACCAGAAACGGAUUCUGUCAAGCGUUCCUUCAUGUACUUCCCCCACCAAAUAUGAAAUGUUGAUGCCUAGAUUAGACGAUGACGGAGAAGAAGAAGAACAGUGGGAAUUGAAAGAAAAACACGAUCACGAUUUGAUAAACGAGAGAUUGAAUCAGAUUCUGGUGGAGCAUCCAGAUGCAGAAUCGCUCAUUCGAAAUAUCAAUGUUGGCAAUGUCGAAGAUGAACCGGAGUUUGAUUUUGUCGCUUGGGUCAGAGAUAGUCUUUUGAAGAUUGAUUUCGAAUGUGGACUGACGGAUGUUUGUGUAGAGCUUCUCCAAAUAGCGAUCGAAAGAGGAUAUAGAGAUGUAUUUCACGACAUGGGAACAUGGAAACGAUAUGCUCAAUACGUUCGGAUAUGCUCCUCAGUUAGUGAGACAUCACUUCAUUUCAAGACUCAACUACUUUUGGAAUCAGAGCUAAUUAGUUAUGCAGAAGAAAUCAUAGGAUUGAUCGAGUGGAAAGUUAACAGAACAAAAGACAAGGAUCGAACUAUUGAGGAAAGGAUAAGAGAUGCUGUCACAAUUCUGAUGAGAACUGCCAAUGAGAAAAGUACAAAAGUAUUGGUUGCAUACAGAAACAAACGACCUGAUGUGGUUGACGAUCAUGUGAUUCUCGAGGUUCUUCUCAAUAUGACAGCUACUGGUACUGAAUUGAUGGGAUCUCUACAAUCUCUUCCAGUUGACAAGUAUUCCAAUGUCACUUCCUCUUUGGCGUCGUUGAUGUCCAGAGGGGUCAAAAUGACGUUCAAGUCGAUUUUUGAAAGCAUGAAAGAGCCGGACGGAGCAAGAAGAGUUGUUAUCAAGUUAUCCAGAUCUGGAAAUUGCUCUACUCUGGAAGAAUGGACCUGUUUGCGAGAUGAUAUUUAUGAUAUGGCUAAUGGAAUCUAUAGAGACUUGGUGACAACAGAAGAAGCCCUCGAACUUGUGGCUGGAGAAAUUCUGGAAGACGAACGGAUAGGUAGUCAUCCGGAACUAAUUCAUCUCGUUUUAACCAUGAAUCCAAAAGAAGAACGUCAAAACCCAAAGAAGCUAAGUAUCGCUAGAAGUGCAGAGGUGUUGCUUGCGAAAAGUGAUGAAUUGAUGUCGGAAGCAACACAAAGAACUGAUCCUCUCCUUGGAAAAGCUCGAUUCUUUGCGGCUACUGCUAGAGCUAUCUCUCCAAAAAAAGCAAAAGAGAAGCUCGACUGGUUGGAUGCAAUCGAUGCCGCUCUGGAAUUGGGAUGUACGAUGAUGCCGAUUGCUAUCAAAAUGUCGGAUCAUGACACUCUCCUCCGGGAUGUUGUUAGCCUCGGAUCCAACUAUAAACAAGGGAAGAAAGUGCUGAGCUUCGCGAAGCAGUUGAACAUUGAUACCCCAAUCGCCACGGCAUUAUCCUAUUGUGCACUCGCUGCUCUCAAAUCCAACGACGCUGUCUACUUAAGCAAGUAUAUUGGAGAAGUGAUGAAGGCAAAAGGCGUUCCUGUCGUUCAUCAACUCUGUAUGCAAAUAAUGGAAUCACCACAUGUUCCCACAGAUAUGGAGGAUGUUUAUUCGUGUGCUAUUAAUAAUUCGAAUGAUGAGAAUCUUCUGGAAACAGUCGACGCGAUUGCUUCGAGCGAGAAGCGGUUGAGUGAAAGCAAGCGAGUGAGAGAAAUUCGAAUAGAAGAUGUUCCAGUUUCGGAGAACAUUGUUGGAGAUCCAAUGUACACUCCUUUGCGUCUUUAUAACUCAAGGAAAGAGAUUAGCGGAGAUGUUAAACAAAAGUUGACAUUCUUUGAAAACCAUGGUAAACGAGAAGGUUUUGAUUUCCUGAAACGGCUAUAUGCUCAUGAAUCAUCGACGUUGGCGUUGUGCUAUUCGCUAUUCCAUCCUGCUGAAAACUCGGAUACUGGAGAGCUCAGUUGGACUAAAAAUGACAAGUUGAGAAGAUAUGAAAAAGGCCUCCGAUUCUUCCAAGAUCGUGUCCCACUAUCCGUUCUUGUUACCGCACCUGCGUCCUCCAUAAUAAAAGAAGCUAACCGAGGAGAUGUUUCUAUAACUGCUAUCGAUCGAAUCGAGGAUUACGGAUGUGAUAAGAGUCGAUUCGUUGGAGAUGCUGAAUAUCGUACAGUAACUAUCAUAGGUCUUGCUGAAACUGAAAACGAACAAAGGUUUGCUGACGCGUUGGAACUUGCAUCAAAGUAUGGAAUCGAUGAGUGGCAGUUACACAUGGCAUCGUUGGAAUAUCUUUUGGAUCCUACCAAUAAUGUAUCCAGAAAUGAUGUGAAAACUAUCAUGAAAAGUCGAAAGCAUCUAUCAAAUUUACGAAGCAAACCUGAUGAAUUUCAUAAAAGACUCCGUGAUGUGGUUUUUCCGACUUUGGUGACAAAUGAGCAAUUCUUGGCGUACACCUCGUUGUUCGCAGAUACAGAACCCGAGAAAAAAGUAGCUGACACGAUAAAACAGAUUGUUGUGAAAAUCAAAGAAGCACAGGCGGUUCAAAUGUGGAGAGAUGAUGAGUACCUCUAUUCGAUUCUCAAGAAGAUUCCCGAUUCAGCGCUUUGCUCAAUCGCCAAAAAUAUUCUUCAAAUUCCUGAAGUCGGAGUGAAAGCAUGUGAACAGUAUGCAGAGUUUAUAUUGGAUGGGGAUGAGCUGAGACCACCAGCAAAUCCAUUCAUUGUUUUCGUGUUGAUGAGAGAGAAUGUUGAAGAUUUCCUCGAAUUGAUUUCCAAUAAAAAAUCGAGAGAUGAAGAAAUAGGAUAUCUUCAAAGUGCAACUCUCAUUCUUGAAAUCACUCCAAAAGUUCCGGAUAACCUCAAAGAUGCGGUUCGAACGAGAGCUGAAGGCAUGCGCCGGGCUACAGUAACCCCUGAAACGACUGCUUCGUCGAAUGGAUCCGGUUCGUUCUUCUCGAAUCCGGAAGAUAACACGGGAAUGAUGAAGAGAAGAAGGAAUUAA